CGUUCACGCGAACAGACGCUGAACGGAUAAUAUUUACCCCAGAUUCCACAUAGAGCCACCGAUUAAAGAGGAAUAAAGGAAGCACGGAAAUAAAGAAGGGAAAUGUCUGUGGCGGGGUUUAAAAAGCAGUUUCAUAAAGCGACGCAGAAAGUCAGUGAGAAGGUCGGAGGGGCCGAAGGCACCAAACUAGACGAUGACUUCAAAGAAAUGGAAAAGAAAGUGGACGCCACGAGUAGAGCGGUGCUCGACAUCAUGACCAAAACCACAGAAUACCUGCAGCCAAACCCCGCAUCCAGAGCGCGCUUGAGCAUGAUCAACACCAUGUCAAAGAUCAGAGGUCAGGACAAGGGUCCGGGUUACCAGCAGGCUGAGACUGUGCUGGCCGAAGCCAUGCUGAAGUUCGGCCGCGAGCUCGGAGAAGAGUCCAGCUUCGGUAACUGUAUAUUCAGUUUGGCUCUGUUAGACGCUGGAGAAUCGAUGCGUGAGCUCGGUGAGGUGAAAGAUGCUUUAGAUAUAAACGUCAAACAGAACUUCAUCGAUCCGCUACAAAACCUGCACGACAAAGAUCUCAAAGAGAUCCAGCAUCACCUGAAGAAGAUGGAGGGACGUCGUCUGGAUUUCGACUAUAAGAAGAAGCGUCAGGGGAAAGUGAUGGACGAUGAAAUUAAACAAGCGCUGGAGAAAUUUGACGAGUCCAAAGAGAUCGCAGAGCAGAGCAUGUUCAACCUGCUGGAGAACGACAUUGAGCAGGUGAGUCAGGUGUCCGCUCUGGUUCAGGCUCAGCUGGAGUAUCAUCAACAGGCCGCAGAGAUUCUUCAGCAGCUCUCCAGCAAGAUCGAGGAAAGGAUAAAGGAGGCGUCGAAUAAACCGCGGAACGAGUAUGUACCUAAACCCCGAAUGGAGCUUCAGCUGCCCAGUGAGAAUCACAACGGAGGAAUAAACUCUGCAAAAACACCUGAACGCUCCCCAGCUCCGUUAGAUCAGCCGUGCUGUCGUGCGCUGUAUGACUUCGAUCCGGAGAACGAGGGCGAGCUCGGCUUCAAGGAGGGUGACAUCAUAACUCUGACCAAUAAGAUCGAUGACAACUGGUACGAAGGCAUGAUCCACGGCCAAUCGGGAUUCUUCCCCGUCAACUACGUGGACAUCCUGGUGCCUCUGCCUCACUAAGCUCCGCCCACCCCCACGGUUGCCUAGCAACCCAACCGCCACCUUUAUUGUGCAUCUGUGCUACAGCUUCACUCCCAGUUCCUUUCGAUAAGUGACUCAGAGGAUAAUGAUGAUGAUUAUAGACAUUACAGAGUCACAUGGAGAAGCAGUCGAGUGUGUGUGUGAGUGUACUUGUGUGCUCCUUGACUCUUGGUUUCACAGUCUAUUUUGUAUUGUUUUAUUUAUUUCAUUUGUUGCUGGCUCUGAAUUCCUUCUCAUGCACAGACAAAACGUCCUGCCCGAUUCUCGAGACUCCUUAAAUUUAGCCUUUCAACAUUACAAACAUCUUUGUUCAUUUUUAGGGUGUCUAGACUCUGCGUAAACUCUGCGAAUCCAAUGAGGAUGGUGCGUUGCAAUAUUGUGAUGAUUUGCGAAAGUGAUGCUUCAUCGCUGCAAUCAAAAGUUGCGGAAAUGUCAAUUUAGCUGCAAAAACACUCUAACUUGGGCAUCCAUUACCCGAUGAGAAUUUUAGAGUGGUGGGUCCAGUUUUAUUAGCCGUAUUCUUGCUUGAACUCGAAUAGAAAGUCUUUACCAAAACUUUCUAUUUUGCUUGUUUUAAGUGCUUGUUGUUUAUUGUUUUAAGACAAAUAAGAAAAUGCAAUAACAAUAUCUGGUCUGAACAGAGUAUUUCGGCUAAUCAACCAUCUAGACUAGCUUGGACCAGCUAGAAACCAUUUAUAACCAGCUACCAGCAAACGACAACCAGGGCUCUGUUUCUCAAAAGCAUCGGAAGCCUGAGUAGGUCAUAGAAACCAUUAGCACCAAUGGUCUCUGCGAUCAACUUAAGCUUCAAUGCUUUUGGGAAAUGCAGCCCAGGUCAUGACAUCUUAAGUUGGUGUUUGGAACUGGUUUGUUGCUGGUCCAAGGUGGUCGACCAAUUAUGGUCCAAAGUGGGUUACCAGCUCUAACCAGCUUGACUAAGAUGGUCCACUAGGUUGAUCUCGGCCUGAACAGCUAGUAGUUUAGCUGAUCAACCAUCCAGACUAGCUUGUACCAGCUAAUGACCAGCUACAAGCCAACGACAACCAGGUUCAACAAGGUCAUGACAGCUUAAGGUGGUCAAGCUGGUUUGGAGAACAUGGUAGCUAGUUUUUUACGGGUUCAAAUUGGCCAGCUGGUUCUUCAUGUGCAGGUACUACAGGUGUUCAUGUUGGUGUUUGGAACUGGUUUAUUGCUGGUCCAAAGUAGUCGACCAAUUCUAACAUGCUGACUAAGAUAGUGUUUCAGCGGAUCAGCCAUCUAUACAUAUAUAUACAUGCUUGGACCAUUUAUUUGUCAGCUAGGAACCUUGUAUAACCAGAUACCAUCAAACAAAAACCAGGCACAACCAGGUCAUGACAUCUUAAGCUGGUAUUUGGAACUGGUUUGUUGCUGGUCCAAGGUGGUCGGCCAAUUAUGGUCCAAAGUGGGUUACCAGCUCUAACCAGCUUGACUAAGAUGGUCCACUAGGUUCAGCCUGACCAGCUGGUUCUUCAGGUGCAGGUACUACCAGGUGUUCAAGUUGGUGUUUGGAACUGGUUUAUUGCUGGUCCAAAGUGGUCAACCAACUUGACUAAGAUUGUCUAACUUGUUGAGCAGCCGUCAACCACCUACACAAGCUUUGGACCUUCUAGAAGCAAUUUACGACCAAAUAGCAUCAUAAGCUAGAUUUAUCUGGACUGUCCAGCAGGGGGCGAUUCAUUUAUAGUUUAAUCUCACGAAGGUUUAAUCUCAGUUUAAAAGAAUACUAGAUGUUUCCUAAAGCAGCAUAUAGAGACAGCAUAACAAGUCAUAUUUUAUAGUGGUAUGCCCACGGAUGCCAAGAUUGUUAAAUGGCGUGCGCUAGAUAUAGAAAUGUGUGUGUAUGAGUGCGAGCGAUCAGUGUUACAACACCCUGAAUAUAGUGUGGUAUUAUUUUGUCUCCACAGUAGAAUGUGAUGUUAGUUGUUAGCUCCGUGAUGUUUGUAAGCACAAUUGAUAUGACCAAGAUCGUUUUUAUUGUUCAGCAAAGCGCAGCUGGUAAACAUUGUGAAUAAUCUUGUGCGUGACGCUGUCCGUGUAAAGGCAGAACUGUGGCAGCAUUUGUUUCGGUUGAUGGACCAUGUUUUAAUCGCUAACUCUUUUGAUGCCUUGAGCAGUUCGGCCUUCGUUUGAAAUCUGUGCCGUAGGUCAAACGCUGCGCACUGCCGUGACUACUUUUUAUGACAUUUGUGUACGGUCACCCAUGAUUAUCCACAGGGGGCGCAAUUUAACGCGCAUAAACUGUAGCUGAGAGUUUCGUAUUUUCGUAACUUCUGGUCAUUUUGUUCAGGGCUGCAGAUGCGUAAAUGCAUCUUCACUAGAGGAUAACAGAGAUAUGAUUCACGCAUUUCACUGAGUAAAUGUUCUGUGCCAUCUGCCCUCUGAUCUUAUGCCCGGUCCUAACCAGACGCCACAUAACAAAGCGGCAAAUUAUUAACGUUAUCUCCUCUAUAUUGAAUUCAACUUAUUGUCCUUGGCUGUCACGGCAAAAGCCGCAAACAAAUUGUCACUAGUUGGGUUUCGGUUAACAUUGUGUUGUGCUGUGUAGCCCCGCCCACAAUGAAAUCUAAUUGGACCAAAAUUUGACCCCAAGUAGCUUAAUGAGCUCAACAAUGUUGUGAUUGUCUGUGAUUGUUUGGCACAGUAUUUUCACUUAAAGAAACAAAAACAAUUCUCCUGGGAACUUGCCGCCACACAACAUUUUAUCGUUCACUUGAUUUCUAUUUUUGUCAUGUCGGUUUGGUUUGUUGUUAUGAGAGUUUUUGCUACAAACUUGUCGCGACGCGCCUGGUUAGGACAAGGUAACGUACUGAACCUACAAUCUUAAAGGAAUGUUCCCUUCGAUCAUAUUGACUCGUCCCUCGUUUAUUAAAAAAAAGCACAAACUGCAGUUACAAUGGAAGUCAACGGGGCCAUUAAGGAUUUACCGGUAUUGUCGCGUUUAUCUAGUUUACUUUAUUAUCUCGGCAACAAAUUUGUAAUAUUAUAUUAUUUAAACAAGUGAUUUAAUGACAGUAAAAUCAUGUUCACACACAUAUUGUUUAUGUCUUGUGAAAGAUUAUUUUAAUGUGUACAGAUUAAACCCCACUGACUUGCAUUGGAUGUGUCUCACUGGAACACACAUUUAAAGAAAAGGAGGAACAAGUCGAAAUACAUUUUUGCGGUCAUCGAUAUUAUGCCACAAAUGCUGUCGAUUGAGUUUAACUCAUAUUGAACCCGGAAUUUUCCUUUAAAUAAAUCUUUACUUUUCUAAUGUUCUAAUUAUUAAAUUAGAAGUUUGCAGUGUUACUAUUCAUUUAUCAAACAAAUUUCAGAUUUAAUCUAGUCAGUUUUCUAAUAUAAGGCAAUAACUGUACCAUAACACUCAAUCAGGUGGCUGUGAGACCUUUAUUAACAAUAGAUAUAAUAGAUAUAUAUGUGUGUGUGUUUGAAUGUACCGUCAUUGGCAGUAUGAAAACACAUCUUUCAUUAACACACACUGUUGCAUGACCCAUCAUGUGAUGUGCUGAUCUGUGUGUGAUAAACCGAGUGAAAGUGUGUAUUUAAGAGUAAAUGUGUUUGUGAGAUGUUUUGCAUGGAAGUAUUGUUGAUAUGAUUCACACUACAGAGAUUCACCUUUAUGAAACGUUUAUAUUGUGUAUGUUUACCAUUCCGUUAUUUGAUAUUUUGGUUCCUGUGCUAGUCUACAAACUUGUAUUGCUUGAUGUGAGAACAUAAUGAAAAUAAACACAAUGUCACU